UUGUUGAUUGUGUUUAUCAAAUGAUAUAAAUUGGCUAUGAAGCGGGAAAAUUUUUAUUAAGUUGAGAUGUCAAUUGGACAACGUACGCUUGUCAAUUCAUCGCAGUCGCCCAGUAAAAUUUUUGUGAACUUGUUUACAAAAAAAACAAAGCCCUCUAAGAAUUUCUUGAGUAUGAAGAGAGAAGAGAUCCUAUUUCUGUUUGAUGUGGAUGGAACAUUGACACUCCCACGAUCUGUGAUAGAUCCAAAUUUCGAGACAUUCCUCUAUGAAAGUAUCAGGCCAAGAGCAACUAUUGGGAUUGUUGGUGGAGCAGAUUUGGACAAGAUGUUUGAGCAACUGAAUGGCCAAAAGAUUCUGCAAGAAUUUGAUUAUAUUUUUCCUGAGAAUGGUCUUGUUCAAAUCAAAAACGGCAUAGAAGUUGGAAAGCAAUCGUUAAUAAAUCAUUUGGGAGAGGCUACAAUUCAGAGGUUUAUUAACUACGUUUUGCGCUAUUUGGCUGACUUAGAAGUUCCCAUAAAGAGGGGUACAUUUCUGGAGUUUCGCAAUGGAAUGAUGAAUAUCUGCCCUGUUGGACGACAAUGCAGUUGGAAUGAGAGACAACUUUUUGCAGAGUACGACCGGAAGCAUGGCGUGAGGGAGAAAAUGAUAAGAAAUCUUCGCGAAGAAUUUGCAGAUGUUGACCUAACAUAUAGCAUAGGUGGUCAAAUAAGUUUCGACGUAUUCCCACGUGGUUGGGACAAAACCUAUUGCCUAGAUUUUGUCAUCAAAGAUGGUGCCUACAAAGAAAUCCAUUUUUUCGGUGACAAAACUGAUCCUGGAGGCAAUGAUCACGAAAUAUUUACGGAUUCUCGUACUAUUGGCCAUAAAGUUUACUCGCCGGAUGAUACUAAGCGCAUUUUAGAAGAGAUCCUUUUACACAACUAAAAUCUUUUCUGAACACUCCAAUUUGUUAAAUAUUUGUAAUUUUUAAAAAGAGUAAAUGAAAUAUGUUGAAAUUAAAAUAAUUCCUCUUACAAAAAAAA